AUGUCUCUAUACUCCGAAGAUGAGGACCGCGCUCCUCCAGACACCUUCUCCGAUGGCUCUUUCACGGCAUCGAGCCUCAGCGGCUCCGACAGCGGCAGCUUCAGCGGCAGCGAAGACGACGAAUCCCCUCCUCUCCCCGUGCUCACCAACUACUUCGCGCCGCCCUUCUAUGGACGCCCGCCGACGCCCUUGCCGCCGUCGCCAUCCCUGACGUCGCUCCUGCGCCCCUCGCGGCCAACGACGCCUGAUCCCUCCGACGACGACAUUGAGCCCGUGCCCCGCGCCUCGCCCAAGGUGCCGACCUACGAAUACUAUGGUUUCGUCCUCUACCUCUUCUCGACACUGAGCUUCCUCGUCUACCUGCUGUGGUCGUACUUGCCGUCGCCCUUCCUGCACGUCCUCGGCAUCUACUACUACCCGAACCGCUGGUGGUCGCUCGCCAUCCCGGCGUGGAUCACGAUGCUGCUGGUGUACAUUUACGUGGCGCUGGCGACGUACAAUACCGAGGUCAUGACGCUGCCGAUGGCGUCUGUUGAGACGAUUGUGGACGACACGGCACAGGUGGCUGUCAUCGACAGCAAGGGCAGGAUACGACACGGUGCAAAGAGGAGACAGAAAGACAAGAGGGACCGCAGGAUAAACGGAGGGCCAGGACUGCACUGGAAGGAGAUUUGGAACGAGGGUACCGACGCCGUUAUGGACGUCCCGCUGGCAGGAGUUUGUGAGGUGCUCUAUGGGGAUAUAGACAACUCCCCGGCAACAUUGCCAAGCUCUCGGGACAAGAUGGCGCCCUCCCCUCAGCAGAUCGCCAGCAACCUCCUCACACCCCUCAACCUCUCCGUCACCUCCAUCCGACCCCUCCAAACCCUCUGGGCUGGCUACGGCACCAUAUGCUCAGUUCGCGCUCGUGCCAAUAACCCCGAAGCAGCUGCUGCAGUCUCCUCACUGCUCUCCACGCCUGUCACCCCGGAGACGGAGAUCCCUCUCGUUCUCAAACUCAUCAGCCCACCCAAGGCAAAGCUUCAUGACGAGGGCCAUCUGAGAAAAAUCUUGAGCUACGAGGUCGAGCAGCAUUUCUACACCCACCUCGCCCCGAAACUGUCAGAUGACGUGGGCGUCGCCAAGUGCAUCGCCUCGAGCGCAGCCGAUGCGGGCGCCCUGGAUGGCAUCGUCGCCAUGGUGCUGACCGAUCUGAGGCCUCAGUACCCUGUUGCCGGGGGCAAGCGCGACGUCCUGUCGAGCGAGCAGGUAGACGCUGCUUUAGCGUGGCUUGGAAGGUUUCACGCCGAGUCUAGUGCUUGGGUUGGUGGCGAGAGGCGAGAGUAUGUUCUCCCGCCGCUGCAGGAGGCUCGGCGGCGAGAGGAGGGGAAUAGGGGAACCAAGGUCUGGCUGAACGGUGGAUACACUUACCUUGCCACGCGCUUGGAAGAGUAUGCUUCCUUGGAGGCAGAUGAUGAUUCGGAAUGGUCGGGAGCAUUCUGCGAUCAUCAUGAGGAACUCGGAGGCACUGUCGCCGAGGCCGUUGCCCAAGUGUUGAAGCCCAUGGGACGGGGUUUCGAGAGCGUCAUCCAUGGCGACGUCAAGUCCGAGAAUCUGUUUACUACGGUGGAUGGUAACAAGGUGGCCUUCUUUGACUUUCAGUACGUCGGCCUUGGACUCGGGGUGUGUGAUCUGGCCAAGCUGUUCACCUGUUCGGUACCUCUCAAGCUCAUCACUGGCUCAGAUGAGUGGCAGAUCCCCAUGGAUGACGGGGAGAAAGAACUAUUGAGGCGGUAUAGAAGAGCAUUGCUGAACGGGAAAUGUGACGAGUCCUACCCAUGGGAUGACUUUGUCAGGCAUUGGGAAUGUGCGCUGGUGGACUGGUGCCGAUUCCAGGCGAGCUGGGGGUUCUGGGGCAAUACCGAGUGGUUGGAGGCGAGAGUGCGCUCUAUUCUGGGCGAUCAAACCUGGAGAGCCUGGGAUUUCCCCUAUGAGACUUACACUGUUGGAGACUUCUACCUGCUCUCCAUAUAG